UUGAAUCUUCUUCUAUCUUUACUUUUGCUGUGCCAAAUGCGGCUGAUGAACAACUAUAAGCAAGCCAUAGCCUUACCUAUCUCCAGAAUCCAUAGUUUCCUUCUUCCCAAGAACAGACGAUUCACUGCUAUUAAUUUCUCAUCACCCGAGCAAGGAAAUGGAGAGCUUUUGGUGGUCGUUGGUGGCGGAGCCGCCGGAAUAUUUGGAGCAAUUAAGGCUAAAUCAUUAGCCCCUAAUCUGAAAGUGACUGUUAUUGAGAAAGGAAAACCCUUGUCCAAGGUUAAAAUUUCAGGUGGGGGUCGAUGCAAUGUAACAAAUGGGCAUUGUUUUGAUAACUGGGCUUUGGCACAACAUUAUCCUAGGGGUAACAAGGAAUUCAGAGGGCUUUUCUUCAAAUUGCAUGGUCCAAAGGAUACCAUGUCCUGGUUCUCUGACCAUGGAGUGGAGCUCAAGACAGAAGAUGAUGGAAGGGUAUUUCCAGUCAGUAACAAUUCAUCUUCAGUAGUGGGUUGCCUUCUUACUGAAGCAGAGAAUAAAAAAGUUUCAUUGCAGACUGGUAGAUCUGUUACAUCAGUCUCAACCGCUUCUGGUGGGAAAUUCCUUGUGAAGAUUGAGAAGCGAACUGCUGAUCUUGUGGAAUAUGUCGAGGCUGAUUAUGUAUUAAUAGCCAGUGGGAGUUCCAAGCAGGGGUAUGAUCUUGCUAUCCAACUUGGUCAUUCUAUUAUAGAACCUGUACCGAGCCUAUUCAGUUUCAAGAUUGAUGAUGCCAAACUUGCAGCUUUGGCUGGGGUCACAUUCCCUAAAGUCAAAGCAAAGUUAAAGCUAGAAAAUGUUGAGAAGAAUAUACCACAUCAUUCACAGGUUGGACCCAUGUUAAUUACCCACUGGGGUUUGAGCGGACCAGCAAUCCUUAAGUUAUCUGCUUGGGGAGCCCGUGAGCUUUUCAGUGCAGGAUACAAAGGAACGUUGUUGAUUGACUUUAUUCCUGAUAUCUUAAUUGAAGAUGUGAAGUCAAUUCUUGUUCAACAUAAGAAUCAUCAUGUGAGACAAAAAGUGUUGAAUUCAUAUCCUCCAGAGCUGGGUCUUGUGAAAAGAUUCUGGAAAUAUAUUCUUGAUCGAGAGGCUUUAGAUGGAGAAAUCUUAUGGGCAAGUUUUCCAAGUAAAGCUCUACUUUCUAUUGCGUCGAUGCUGAAACAGUGCCCGUUUAAAUUGAUUGGGAAGGGCCAAUACAAGGAUGAAUUUGUCACGGCAGGAGGUGUUCCAUUGUCGGAGAUUUCUCUUACCACAAUGGAGAGUCGAAUUCAGUCGCGCCUAUUCUUUGCGGGAGAGAUAUUGAAUGUGGACGGGGUAACUGGCGGUUUCAAUUUUCAGAAUGCAUGGUCAGGAGGGUAUAUUGCUGGAACAACCAUAGGCAAUCUGGCCAAUUCGUACUCAAUAAAUACUCUAUCUGAACCAAUAUCGUUAAGUUGAUGCAAAGAAUAGAGAUGAGAAUAUUUUUGAAGUGAGAUUACAUUAUUGUUUUACUAUGCUUAACACUACACCGAAGGAAAAAUCGUAUGUUUUAGAUUAUUGUUUAUUUUGGUGCUACAAAUAUUUAUAUGCAAUGUAAAACUAAGUUACGUUAUUGGGUUAUUCAGUUUUAUAAAAUA